AUGCGUGCAGCGAUUUCCAAGAUUCUGUACCAAUCAUACCGUGCAGGCAAGCGCUAUGGGGAGGGGAAAGCAGAGCCAGAGUCUUACAACCGAACAACAGAUAAGAAACUGGAAGAGGAAUUCAAGUUCUGCACAUUCCAGCCCACAAUUCUAGCUCGGUCGAGACAUCUUGCAAAAGCGCGGAAGGCGAAGAAGUCAACGGAAUGGAAAGGUCUUGUGCAAGAACCGACAACAACUGACUCCAGCACAAGUGAGCUGGCAACAAAAUGCUGCGGCCCCUGCAGCAGUCUGGCGUGCCAUCGUCGUUCUGCACUCUUGCUCUACAGCCGCAGGCAGGUGGCCUUCACUGAGGGCUGA